AUGGCCUCCGGCGAAGGUGUAGUUGGUCAGCUGUCCGGGGCGGCUAGCGGCGAGGCGGAGGCCAAGAUGGAAACGGAGGAGGAGCGGGAGGGGCCGGUGCUGUACCUCGACCUUACGAGCUACCAGCUGCACGAUCUGAGCGAGGUGGAGAUCCCGCCCACGCUGGAGGAGAUCGACCUCACCGCCAACCGCCUCUCUUCCGUCGACCCACGCAUCGGCCAACUCCCCCGUCUCCGCAAGCUCUCCUACCGCCAGAACCUCCUGGAAGACGACGCCAUCGUGCCGCUCUCGUCCUGGGAGACUAUCGCCGGAUUGCAGGAGUUGGUCCUUAGAGAUAACAAACUUACAAGGAUUCCUGAUGCUGGCAUAUUCAAGGGUCUUCUGGUGUUCGAUGUAUCUUUCAAUGAGAUAACUUCCUUGACUGGUCUGUCCAAGGUUUCCGGCAAAUUGAAGGAACUUUAUGUUUCAAAAAAUGAAGUUGCAAAGAUGGAAGAGCUUGAGCAUUUCCAUGCACUGGAAAUUCUUGAACUUGGUAGCAACAGAUUACGGGUAAUGGAAAAUCUUGAAACCUUGACAAAUCUGCAAGAACUGUGGUUGGGAAGAAAUCGAAUUCGAGCUGUCAACUUGUGUGGUUUGAAGCUAAUUAAGAAAAUAAGUUUGCAAAGCAACAGAUUGACUUCAAUGGAUGGGCUUCAGGAAUGUACUGCGUUAGAGGAGCUGUACCUCAGCCAUAAUGGAAUUCAAAAGAUGGAAGGCCUCUCUACCUUGCAGAACCUCCGCAUUUUGGAUGUUUCAUCUAACAAGCUAACCACUAUAGAAAAUAUCGAAACCUUAACCAGGCUGGAGGACCUGUGGUUGAAUGACAACCAAAUACCAUCUCUAGAUGGGGUAGAGACUGCUUUGGCUGGUUCGCGGGAGAAGUUGACGACAAUAUAUCUUGAACGAAAUCCCUGUGCAAAAACUCCAGAUUACUCAUCGACGUUGAAGAAAAUAUUUCCAAAACUCGAGCAAAUCGAUUCAGAUAUCAUAGCAUGA